UUCCUAGUUCAGGACUUCGGAUUCAGGCGACUCCCCGCACGCACUCGAGACGGCGGAGUCGUCGGGGAGGUGAGGACGGCGUGGUGAAGUCGUGAGGAGAAGAAAAAAAUUCCACCGCCGUGGCAGCCAUGUCGGUGCAGGAGUACCUGGAGAAGCACCUGCUCUCGCGCAAGAUCGAGGAGGCCGUGAACGCGGCGGUCCGCGCCAAGGUCCCCGACCCGGUGCUCUUCAUCGCGGGCCACAUGCGGCGGGCGGCGCCCGCCGUGAUCACGAGGGUGCGGGCGCGCCAGAUCCUUGACGGGCACGGCGCGCCGGCCGUUGAGGUCGAGUUGCACACCAACAAGGCCGUGCACCGAGCAUCCGCGGCCGGCGCGGGCGCGCCCGAGGGCGCCGCCGCCGACGCGGCCGGGGGCUCCGAGAGGCGGAAGAUCCUCGCCAGGGCGGUCGCCGACGCGGUGCGGGUGAUCAACGACAAGGUGUCGGAGGCGCUCGUUGGGAUGGAUCCGCAGCAGCAGGCGCAGAUCGACCAGGCCAUCAUGGACUUGGACAAGGCGCGCCACAAGGCUGAGCUUGGAGCAAAUGCUAUGCUGGCAGUGUCAAUUGCAGCUUGCAAAGCUGGUGCUGCUGAAAAAGAGGUUCCACUCUACAAGCAUAUAGCAGAUCUUGUUGGCAAAACCGCUACAACUCUUCCUGUCCCUGCAAUUACAGUCAUUAAUGGUGGAAAGCAUGCUGGAAAUGGUCUUCCCAUUCAAGAAAUUAUGGUCCUUCCUGUUGGUGCUAAGAAUUUUGAAGAAGCAAUGCAGAUGGGUUCAGAGACCUAUCACCAUCUGAAGGAUAUUAUCUUGGAGAAAUGUGGCUCAGACAGCUGCAACAUUGGAGAUCAUGGUGGGUUUGCUCCAAAUAUUUCCAGCAUAUCUGAAGGCCUGGAUCUUGUUAUUGCGGCAAUAGAGAGGGCUGGAUAUAAUGGGAGAAUAAAACUGGCAAUUGAUGUUGCUGCUACUGAUUUUUGUGUAGGAAAGAAAUAUGAUCUAGAGUUCAAGUCAACAAAGAAAUCAGGGCAGAACUUCAAAACUGCUGAUGAUAUGAUUGAGAUCUAUAGCCAGCUUUGUUCAGAGUACCCGCUUGUCUCCAUUGAGCAGCCCUUUGAUAAAGAUGACUGGGAGCACUCAAAAAAAUUGACCACUCUAGAGCUGUGCCAGGUUGCAGGGGAUGACUUGUUGAUGUCUGACCCCGAACGCAUUAAGUGGGCAGUUAGUGAGUACACUUGCAAUGCUCUUGUUCUCAAGGCAAAUCAAGUGGGCACUGUCACUGAGGCCAUAGAGGUUGUGAAGCAGGCAAAGGAUGCUCAUUGGGGUGUGGUGGUGUCACAUAGGUCUGGAGAUACUGAGGAUUCUUUCAUUGCUGACCUGGCUGUUGGUGCUGCAGCCGGACAGAUCAAAGCCGGUGCCCCCUGCCGUGGAGAGUGUCUAACUAAGUACAAUCAGCUGCUUAGAAUAGAGGAAGAACUUGGAAGUGAAGGCGUCUAUGCAGGGGAGAAUUGGAGAACUGUAAGCACGAGCUAAUCUGUGGUAUCAUUUGAGUUGCGGGGAGAAUUGGAAAUCUUGACCUGCUUCGUAUGUAGCCACUUUAACUUUUCUUUGUUGUCUUGUCCAAUUGCGUGUGCUCAUCCUCAGCAAGGAUAUGGAAAUAGGGUGGUGAAAUGCACCAUUUUGUAUUAGAUGAUGGCAUUGUUGUCGAACAUAUACAUAGUGGAUGCAGUGGUGGGGUUUACAUUUUUUGUGUUGUUCAACUUGGAUUUGUUUAAUUUGUGUAUAGCAUGGGUUAUAAACAUGAGUACAGAACCUGAGAAGAUGGUUUGAGGAAUAGAAGUGAUUUACAUUACAUUCUA